CACUAAGAUGCAGGCUAUUAAACAUGGGGCUUGUGAUUAUUGGAAAAAGCCUUUGCAUGAGGAUCAAUUUAGGAAUAUGUGGAUGCAUGUUGCUAGGAAAGCCUGGAAUGCGAAUAGAGUAGAUAUGAAAUCUGGCAGCUUGGAAGAAAAGCCCCAAGCAAAUAAGGGGAAAUCCCGUGUAAUAUGGGCAGAAGAAGAACGGCAUAUCAAAUUUCUCGACGCUGCAGAGCAACUUGGGGGGAUUGACAAGGCUGCGCCAAAAAGAAUUCUUGAAGUGAUGAAAGACCCUGGUUUGACAAGAGAGCAAGUUGCUAGUCAUUUGCAGAAAGUUAGACAUCAGGAGAAGAAGAAGAAGAAUAAUUCUGAUGAGGUGAGGAAGUCAUUGCCAAACACGUUUCAAUUAACUACAACAGAAUCCAGUGUAAGUGCCUAUGGAAAAAUUGAGCGUCAAGCUUUUGCUGUUAAUGGCCUUGUUCCUUGUAAAACACACACAGGCAUUGGUACGGAACUUACAAGUGACUUGAUGCCAAAAGAGGAGCAAUGGCAUGCGAAACAAGGCAUGACAUAUGAUCAUCCAGCUCUGUCAAUUUGUCCUCCUCCUCACAUUCUCAAUCAUCAUCAGUCCAUGAUGAAUGUAGAUGAAGAAUCUGGAUAUGGGGUAUGGUCUCCAUCAGCUAUACAUGAUACCAUGAGACUGAGGCAGGUGCAAGAGCAGGAGCAGCAGCAAAUGCAGAUGAACUUCCAGUCACCUUGCAUCUUCCACGAUUAUACUACUACUCCAGCAUCAGCAUCAGCAUCAGCAUCAGCAUCAGCAUCUUCCAUUCCAGAGCAGGUGCAGGGUGGAUAUUUUUCUGUUCCAAAUACACUCAUUUCCCCAUAUAGCUCUAGAUCCGAUGAUUCAAUCCACGAGGAGUCUCCUGAGAACUUUGGAUAUGAUGACGAAUCAUCAUCAAACUAAUAAAAACAAUAUUUUCCCGUUCCUAUAACAUAGUUUUUCAUGUAUGUUCGUUUUAUGCAACUAUUUGGACUUUUUCAUGUAGGUUCGUUUUAUGCAAUUAUUUUGGACAUUUUCAUGUAGGUUCGUUUUAUGCAACUAUUUAAU